CAUCUUCCUUUAUUUGCAGUACCCAUGCCAUUAGCAGUAACAUUAAGGCAUUUGUCGCUGUCAUUUUCAGUCACAAGGAGGGAAGGGAUUAGGUAUGUCGCAGCAUGGCAGUAUCCACAGUGCCGGCGGAGGGACCGACUUCCACUUACCGGAUGAGAUCUUGGCUGUGAUGCCGACGGACCCUUACGACCAGCUAGAUCUGGCCCGUAAGAUCACGUCCAUGGCCAUCGCCUCGCGAGUAUCGAAGCUGGAGGCCGAGACGGGUCGCAUGAGGCAGAAAAUUUACGAGCAGGAUCGAAUUAUAUAUGAACUUGAAGAGAAAGCGUCUAACAUGCAACGCGCGCAUCUAGGGGCGGAGUCCAGGUUGAAGAUUAGCCUUGAUGAAAAUAUGAAACUUUCAAAGGAGCGGGAUUCAUUGGUGAUGAGUGUGAAGAAACUCAGCUGUGAUUUGGCAAAGUUGGAGACCUUUAAGAGGCAAUUGAUGCAAUCACUAAAUGAUGAUAAUUUAUCAGCUGAAACUGUUGAUAUUGGCACUUGUGAUCAGUCAGUUCCCAAAGCGUAUCCUGACAAAGGUAUUUGGAUGAAUGGCUAUGCAUCCCAAAAUUCUCAUAGCGGCUCUACUGAUACAGGAAACACAGUCGGUGAUGCUUCAAGACAUGGUGGGCAAAGAUUUUCUAUUACUCCAUAUAUCACACCAAGGCUUACUCCAACAGGAACCCCAAAAAUCAUUUCUUCAAGUGUGUCCCCUAGAGGUUUUUCUGCUGCUGGAUCUCCUCAGAGAACCUCUGGCACAACAUCUCCCACAAAACCUUAUAAUGAGGGACGGACUACACUCUCUUCAUGGUACCCAUCAAGCCAGCAGUCAUCAGCAGCAAACUCUCCUCCCCGUGGACGACCAUUGCCAGCACGCACUCCACGAAUUGAUGGAAAGGAGUUCUUUCGCCAGGCCAGGGGUCGUCUAUCAUAUGAACAGUUUAGUUCAUUUCUGGCUAACAUCAAGGAGCUGAAUGCUCAAAAGCAGACUCGAGAAGAAACCUUAAGGAAAGCAGAAGAGAUAUUUGGGAUGGAUAACAAAGAUCUUUACUUGUUGUUCCAAGGAUUGCUUAAUCGCAACAUUCAUUAGACCUUAAAUUAUGUCCAGUUAGGGAUCAAACUUAAGUCCAACAUUCCACCUAUAAGAGAGGAUACCUUAUGAUAAAUUCUCCAAGAUGUAAUUUAUUGACGGCAUCAACUUGUAUCUUAGUGGUUUAUGUUUAAGCAUCUAGGAUUGCAAGCUUCAUUUCGUACGUACAUGCAGGUAUGUUAUGUAAAUAAACAUCUGUUUUUUAGCAUUACCUGCUCGGAUAUUAAGAAGUACUGGUUGACAUUAUUUUCGCAAGAUUUUGAUAUUUUCAAUUUGGAAAUGAACAGGUUUAUUUUCUUCAAUGAAUUAUCGUCCUCUCUCGUUCUCUCCA